AUGAAACUUAGGCAUUACCAGCCUCUUCUCGAAGAGUUCAGUUAUGAUGCGUUUAUCUCAUACAGUCAUUACGACAAAACUUGGGUAAAAACUCUCCACGACAGGUUGCAGACGAAAGGAUUUAGUUUCUGUUUAGAUGAUAAGGAUUUCUUGGUUGGAGUGGAUAUUGCUGAGUGUGUCGUUAAAGCUAUCAAUUCAAGCAGGAAAGUUAUAUUCGUUAUCACUGAGGAUUUCCUAAAGAGUAGCUGGGGCACGUACGAAGUAGAAAUGACUAGAAUGCAUGCCUUCCGAGAGGGUCGUGAAUCAAUGGUUGUUGUUAUACUAAAGGAUGACAUUAAAAAAGACAAACUUCCCAAAGCCUUGAAAGAAAUCUGGUAUAAGGUCGUCUGCAUUAUAUGGCCAUCCGAUUCCGAUACUCCGUAUCAUUCAGAGGACAUUUUCUACGAGAAACUAUCUAUAGCAUUAUCAGACGGUCGUACACAAAUGUGUGAGAAUAAGUGA